CCGGUGGUAACACGUGUAUAUUCCUUUAGGUAUAGUAGGCUAUGUAUGUGUUUCUUUAUUUGUUGGAGUGUCAGUGCACCGAAAUAUAGUAGCGACAACUCUUAUUCGUGUUAGGAUGUUUCGGCUGUAGCCUGUAUUGACGCUGACAUAACUUCAGAGGUAAUAUCUCGGGCUACACAGAAGAGGAGGAAGAAGACGGAUGCUUCAGCGUAUGUUAACUGUCAUUUCAUCAAAUGAUGGAGUAUCUACCUAACUCCAAUUCGAGAUACAAAGAUGUGGAGUACUGGGACGAGCGAUAUAAGACCGAACAGAGUUUCGAGUGGUUUGGAGACUUGUCCAAAUUCCAUCACCUACUCCAGUGUCAUGUCAACAAAGAAGAUUCCAUAUUAGUUCUUGGUUGUGGGAACAGCUCCAUGAGCGCGGACAUGCACCGGGCCGGCUUCGCCGCCAUCACCAACAUCGACUACUCGCCCGUCUGCAUCGCCACCAUGGCGCAGCGCCACGCCGACUGCGCGGGCAUGAGCUGGCUCUGCAUGGACGCGCGGCGCCUGGACUUUGCCGACGGCUCCUUCGACGUGGUGCUGGAGAAAGGCACGCUGGACGCCAUGCUCGUGGACGAGAAGGACCCCUGGAGGGUGUCCGAGGAGACUGCCCGAUUGAUGCACCAGAUCCUGAAAGAGGUCAGUCGCGUCCUAAAGCCCGGCGGGCGCUUCGUCUCGGUGACGUUCGCCCAGCCUCACUUCCGGAAGCGUCUGUACGCACGGGCCGAGUACGGCUGGUCCGUCCAGCACCAGACCUACGGCGAGGGCUUCCACUACUUCCUGUACGUGCUCACCAAAGGGGCGGAGCUCAGCGAAGAGGACGCCGCCCUGGAGCAGAGGGUGCGGCUGGAGGCCGAGGCCCCGCCCACAGACGCGGUCCGCUUGGAGGACACUGAGUCGGAGGACUUCCUCACCAACAUAGACCUGUAGAUGCAGCGGAUGGGAUACUCAGGACAUCCAGACCCACGCACAGAUUUUAUAAAGCAGUGGACAUUACAAGCCAUGCCCCCUCAGGUGACCGGUCCCGCUCUAACCUGACAGCCUGUUGUGCCUUAUGAACCACUGUGUGUUGGGCCGUAAGCCUACCUUACCCUGACAGACUUCGGACAAGAUUCGGGAAAGAUUCUUGAAAGAUUGUAGUCUUUUAACUAAUGCCCCUCAUUCAAGAUUUACUCAAAAGACUACAAUCUUUCCCAAAUCUGGUCAAAGUCUGUCAGUGUAAGGUAGGCUUUAGAUGAGCGUUAGGGUUAAGAUUUGAUCAGGGGGCUAGCUGGGAUGAGGAGAACUUAGUUGACAACUUACAGGUUGCUCACAGUUACGGCUUCUGGUGGACUGAUGGGUUACAGUAUUCAAAGACAUUUGCAGGAACAACACUCUCAGGAUUUUCCCUCUAAGAAUGUUAUGAAUCUGAAGAGUCUUGAACUGAUAUUUUGAUAUGAUCGUUCUGAGACAGACUCACCUACCGGUGCUUCAGGUUCCAGACAAAAACAGAAGCAGACUAAAGGCAGCAGUUUGAUGGAUGAUGGCGCAGUAGUUUUUUUUUUCUUUUUUUGCUUCAAUAAUGUACCUCCGAGUGACUGCUCCUGUUUACUUUGUCAUGGCACACUUCCCUCUUGUCUAAAUGCAGGAAUAUUCUACUGUCUUUGUUUCCUCUGCAAAAAAAUAAAACAUCUCUAAGUACAACGAAAU